UUCUGUUUUGCCUUUAGAAGAAGACAUUGAGGUUUGUUAGUAACUUUAAAUAUCACAUGUUUCAUCAUCUGCCAAAACAGUCACUGACAUUCCUUCCUACACCAUUUUCAUACACCAUUUUCAUACAGCAUUUUCACUGUUCUUCACUCGUUAAUUACAAUUAAACUAUUUUGAUUAAAAACAAUUGAACCAUUAAUUUCUUUUAAAGAAAGAACAUCUAAGCAGAUUAUUUCAGUUAACUGAACUCUAAGGUUUGCUCGUUUCUUCACUUUCCGUGUUAAGAUCAUAUGUUUAGCUUGAUGCAAAUAAAGGAAAGAAAAAACAAAUAAAUGAUGAAAAAUAAUAAUUAGCAGAGGAUGGUUUCGAUCCAUCGACCUCUGGGUUAUGGGCCCAGCACGCUUCCGCUGCGCCAUUCUGCUAUGCGAUGUUGAUAACUGCAUUUGGUACUUAAAUAAUUAUAAUAGCGGUUUUGUACAGUGAGUGUUAAUUAUAGUUCGUUUCAUUUUGUAACGAGUGACAUGUUUCUGUGUAGCUUUGAAGUAGGCCGUGUAAUUUAAAUAGUGUAUACAAUCGUAACGGACAGCAGUCAAGCCAGCCUCCAUUUUGGAAACGACUGCCAGGCCGUCAGGAAGUAAAUGCUUACUUCCAGAAAGUAAAAAAAAAAGAUUAAAAAUUUUUUUUUAAUUUAACUUCCAGAAAGUCAGUCUCUGAACACGCUGAUAAACGGCUUCAAAAGUUUGUGUUUAAAAUUUACUUAUAAGAGAAAAAUGUGUUUAUAAAGAUUGUAUCAGUGGAAAGGUUUCUAUGUAGUGAGCUUUCAAUAAAUGUUUUCCUCACAGAACUGAAAGCAAAGCUUUCUUUAGUACUUUCUUAUUAUAAGUAUUUGUGAGGGUUGUGCGCAGUUGUCUCUGUGGCGCAAUCGGUUAGCGCGUUCGGCUGUUAACCGAAAGGUUGGUGGUUCGAGCCCACCCAGGGACGAGUAGUUUUCUCCUUGUGAGAAACGGUUAUUUUUAUGUCAUCUUUUCAUUAUUACAUUAAAACUAUAACCACUUCUCCAUCACCAUACUGAAUAUCUUGACUAAAUCCAACUAAUAGUUUCGCUGACAGCCUCUAAUACUCUCGUGAAAGGGUCCAUGAUCGUAUAUUUAACAUGCAUGUGAAUUUGAAAAGGACGACUGAAAAAACAGAACAUAAAAAAUGCCAAAACAGCGAGUUUUUUUUUUUUCUUGAUUCUUCAAAACUUAGUUGAUGAUACUUUUUGGGGAUUACGACUUUGUGUUGUUUUAAUAUUUAUUUUCUCUUGGAAUUUAAAGAACAAUUUUAAAAACCUUUGCUUUUAACACACACAGUUGGUCAACAGCUUGUAUGAAACAACAUCACAUUCCAGUGGCAGUGAAGAUGACGCCUGAGAUAAAGCUUACACCCUCAUCUCAUUGCCACCCCCACCCCUUUCCAAACGUAUGUACGCCUCUUUGCUGCAGGUUUUCCAGUCAGUGGAUGCCCAGACAGGCAGGAGAUACGUUUUUACACGUUACUAAAACCUGACAACACUUCUCAUCUCAGCCACAAAGGAUGUCUGCUGCUACACAGGAAGAGGAGGAGCUGCCGUUAAAUCACACAGGUCCAAAGGGUGUUAUUAAUGACUGGAGAAGGUUCAAACUGGACAGUGUGGACCAGACAGUCCCUCAAAAAAAGAAAGAGCUGCUCAGACAGAUGUCCAAUCCUCGGGAGGACGACAAGGAGAGAGCUAACAGAAAGAUGGGCGCUCAGGAGUACGAACUGAUCAAAGACGAGGAUGAGCGCUGCCUGAAACGCUACAGAAAGCAGUGCAUGCAGGAAAUGCAUGAGCGUCUGAGCUUCGGUCCCAGGUUUGAAUGUGUCCACGAGCUGGAGAGUGGAGAGGCCUUCCUGGAAGUGAUAGAGAGGGAGCAUCGGAUGACCCUGGUGGUGGUCCACAUUUAUCAGCAUGGGGUCAACGGCUGUGAGCAGAUGAACUCGAGUCUGGAGUGCCUGGCAGCGGAGUACCCCACUGUUAAGUUUUGUCGUAUUGAUGCUGUGGCGUCAGGUGCUGCAGAGCGCUUCUCCUCUGAGGUUCUCCCGACCCUGCUGGUCUACAAGGCCGGGGAGUUACUGGGUAACUUCCUGGCUGUCACCAAACACCUCAAUGAAGAGUUCUUUGCCACAGAUGUGGAGGCGUUUCUCAAUGAAUACGGCCUCUUACCAGAGAAGGAGUUCACUGCGUGUGCGGAUGAUGAAGACGAUGGAGCAGACGUGGAGUAGAAGAUGAAGAAAGACAGAGAAUGUCAUAAAACGUGUUUCAAUCAGGUCACAUGCACGCAAAUUAAAGAACGAGCACCCAACAGUCAACAAUACUCAUGCUGAUGCCUUAGAAUGUAGGCGUGAGGAAGUCCGUACAGAAACCCUGCUUUGCAGAAACUUGUAUCAUUGCACUCCAAUAAAAGAUAUUUAUUCGAA